UUUUUUUUUCUGAUGUCUUAAUUUGCUUGGCAUUUGUUAUAUUAAAGGGUUAAUUAUACACAAAUUCACAGCCACAAUUAGAAGAUUUUGUAAUGAAAGUCAUGUGUGUCUUCUUUUUUGUCUUAUUUUACCAGAUCGUGAUAGAUGUAUGACAAUUUAACUUAUGAAUUUAAAUUCAGUUAAAAAAUAAUAUUGUGCUACCGAAAAGGUAUUUCAUCUUUAUAGCUGUAUUCCCUCUGUCUGUUUUUGCCAGAAAACUAAGUUGUGUUACAAAAACACGAAACGCAAUAAAUUAAGAUCAGGCAAACCCGUGAUUUAUCCAAGCCUAUGUUCCAUUGUCUAAUAGUACCCGCAAGUAGUGCACGCAAUGUGGUAUAAAAAGGACGGGCGAAUCCAUGGAUUUUUCCACAGGUCACCAACCAGUUUCUUAUAAUACUUGAUUAAAUUUUCAAGAAGAAUCGAAAAUGUUAGAAAAAAUCUGAAUGUUAUGUUAUUUUGUUUCUAUGAUUGCAGUCUUUCAUGUGUGUAUACAUUGAUUUGGUGGAUUAAAUCUGAACCACUUAAAGAGUUGCAAUGGUAAAUAUCAUUUACUACAGAACUAUAUGGUAGAAUUUUCUUACUAAAUUUAUUUUGUGCUUAUGUGCCAAAUUUUAGCAUAUUUAAUACAUUAUUGUUCCUAUUGCAUGUCUUUUUAGCUUACAUUUCCCAUACUAUAUUUUAAUGUUUUAUUAUACUCCUACAUAAAGAAGGAAUGAUGUUUUUUAUAUGCAUGAUACAUAAGGGAUAUUGUAAUCUCAUAUCUAUUGAAAUCUAUUAAAAUAUAAAAUGUAAAAUGGAUUAUAAGUAAUUAAUAAAAGUGUAUUUAAGAUUAUAAACCUUUUGAGGAAACAAAGAUAAUAGCAUUGUUAAUUAGCCAGCAAAAACGUUUUUAAAUUUAGUUCCUUCAGACAAAAUGUUUGAUUUGUAAGAGAUGUGUUUUAAAACUUUUUCAUGAAGCUGUAUAAAAAAAUGUGUUACAAAUUUUUGGCUAUUUUUUUUAUGUUUGUUGCAACAAGUUCAGGACGACAUCAUACAAGGUUUAAUACAACAUUCUUAACACUUAAUGUUGCUGAAGAGAGGUCUCCAGGUUAUGUGAUUGUUAAGUUAAGCCUACAUGUCAUUGACAAGGACCCGAACAAAAGUUUACGAUAUUGGAUUGAUGGUGAUGAAUCACAAAAGUUUGAAGUGAAUGAAAAAACUGGAAAUGUUAGUGUCAAGGGUAAACUAGAUCGAGAAAAUAAACAAUUGUACAGGUUCAAUGCUCACAUAGCUGACACAGCACAACAACUGGAUUCAAUCCUUCUUUAUGUUACUGUGUUCGAUGUCAAUGAUAAUGCACCUGUUUUUCAAGGAACAAACUUAGUUGAAGUUUAUGAGAAUGCACCUAUCAAAUCAACCAUCUUAACAUUAAAAGCUACUGAUGCUGAUUUCGACACAAACGCAAAGAUUUUUUACUUAUUCCAAUCUCCAUCCGAGACAUUUGGUAUCGAUGCAUUUAGUGGUAACAUAACAUUGAAAAAGUCUCUUGACUUUGAGAAGAAAAAAAGUUACACGUUACGUGUUAUUGCAGCAGACAAAGGUACACCUAGCCUUAACACGACAGCGAUAUUAACAAUAAAUGUGUUGGAUGUGAAUGAUACAGAUCCUAUAUUUCAGUCAUCUCCUUAUAAUGUACUGGUCAAUGAGGAUGUUCCAUUGGGAUCAUCAAUAUUAAAAGUGCAUGCAUUUGAUGGGGAUGUGGGAAUUAACGCUGCUAUAAUAUAUAGAUUGCAGAGAGGCGAAGAUUCAGAUAAGUUUUCAGUUAAUACAACUUCUGGUAUUAUUUCUAUUCAACAACAUUUGGAUCGUGAAACGAAAUACGCAUAUAGAAUAAAUGUUGAUGCGAUAGAGAGAGAUUAUCCUUCUUCAGCAACUUCAGUUGUUGUGGUCAUAUUCACUCAGGAUGUAAACGACAACAAACCAAUGUUUACUUCAUCUCAGUACGAAAUAAUCAUUGAUGAAAACACACCAAUUGGUUCCAUUAUCAAACAGGGAUUUAGAGUUACGGAUGCAGACAUUCUGCCUGACAAUAACCAGUUUGAGUUCUCCCUGGUUGAUGUUGAUGAUAAUUUUGCAAUUGAAUCAACUACUGGAUAUCUUAGUGUGGAAGCUGUUAUGGAUUAUGAAAGGAGAAAUGAAUUUAACUUCACUGUUGUUGCAACAGAAACUUUAACAAGCGAUCGUUUUUUCGGUAAUGCAACAGUCAUUGUGAAGUUGAAGAACAUAAAUGACAACAAUCCUGUCUUUGAAAGAAAACAAUACAGUUUUGAACAAAAAGAAAAUGCUAGUGUUGGCCAUCUCAUUGGUGGAGUUAAGGCUAGUGACAAUGAUUUGGGGACAUUUGGAAUUGUAACUUAUAGUUUGGAAGGUGGUGAUGCAAGCUUGUUCCAAAUCAACAGGACGAGCGGUUUCAUCUAUGUAAAUGCGGAACUUGAUUUUGAGACAAGACCAAGUUUGGAAUUCAGAGUUGUAGCACGAGAUGGUGCUUCUUUUAACCAGAAAACAGAUGUAGCCUCUGUUAAUGUAACAUUAACUGAUGUAAACGACAAUUCACCAGCAAUAACAAAUCUGCCAGCCACUACACGUGUGAAUGAAAACAUUGUGCGAGAUAAUAUGUUCACUGUAGUUGCAACAGAUGCUGACACGUCUGUCAAUUCGAAUUUAUUGUAUAUGAUUACAAAUACAAGCAGGGAAGAUACUGUCAUGUCAAUCAAUGCUACGACAGGUGUUGUUAAACUUUUGCACGAACUUGAUUAUGAACAAAUACAAAGUUUAUGGAUCGAGAUAACAGUGAAAGAUCAGGGUGUACCUUCUUUGGAGUCGCAUGCAUUUCUUACAAUUGAUGUAAAAGAUAUGAACGACAACACACCUGUACUUAACCAAAGUGUGUAUGCAGGAGUAGUAUCAGAAGUAGCUGGGAUUGGCACAACUGUUGUUCAAGUUUUUGCUACGGAUAAAGAUACAGGAACUAAUGGUCUGUUAAAAUAUAACAUACAAUCAGGAAAUGUGGACUCGUCGUUUGAAAUAUCAAUAGAUGGAACCAUUACGACACGAAAUAUUUUAGAUCGAGAAAAAAGAGAUAUGUUCAACCUGACAGUCAUCGUUCAAGAUGGUGGCAGUCCUAUGCUUGAAAGUGAAUGUUCUGUUAUUAUACAAGUGUUAGAUCAUAAUGAUAGAUUCCCAAUCUUUACAAAAGCUCAAUAUAGUGCAGAAAUUAUUGAAUCUGCUGCAAUUGGAACUGUUGUCGUAGUUGUUUCAGCAGUCGAUCAAGAUAUUGGAAGCAAUGGAGCAAUUGUGUACAGCAUUCAAUCUGGAAAUGAAGGGAGUCUGUUCAACAUAAACUCCACAACUGGUGAAAUAUUUGUGGCAACCCAACUUGAUUGGGAGAAUGUACAGCUGCUUACGUUCAUAGUGAAAGCAGAAGAUUUGGGAAGUCAACCAAAUGCAAGAACUGCAGUUGUCACCAUCAAAAUUCUUGAUGACAAUGACAAUGCACCUGUCUUUUUGAAAAAUACAUUCAACUUUAAAGUAUUUGAGAACUUUCCAGAACAAACAACAAUUGGUUUAGUCUCUGCAACAGAUAUUGAUGGAAAGUUGCCACCUAAUAUGAAUGGAAUUGUGACAUACAAUAUCACUGGUGGAAAUUGGAAUGAUUCAUUUGCAAUUGAUUCCACCUUCGGAACUAUACGAACAAAUAAGAUUCUUGAUCAUGAAACUAUCCCUUUCUACAAUCUUACAAUCACUGCUACUGAUGGAGGAACACCCGCAUUAUCGUCUUCUAUUUUUGUAGUUAUAAAUGUGCAAGACAUUAAUGAUAAUCAACCAAUAUUUUUAAAACUGAGUUAUAGCGGUGUUGUUUCUGAGAAUGCUACAUUUGGAACUGAAAUUGUUCAGGUUUUUGCAACAGACGCUGAUGAGGGAACUAACAGCGAUAUCACAUAUUCUUUAUCCUCAACCAACCAUCUAUUUGCAAUAUCGCAAAAUGGUAUCGUAAUGGUUAAAGGGGUGUUAGAUUAUGAAACUACACAAAGCUUCAGUCUAUUCGUGAUAGCGCAAGAUUCUGCUGUAUCAAGAAUGACAUCAACAGUACCUCUUUUGAUUAAUAUCACAGAUGUUAAUGACAAUGCACCUAUUUUUAAACAUCAACCUUAUGAAGCAACAGUAAAGGAAGCAAGGAGACCUGGUGAAAUUGUGUUUGUGGUGAGUGCAGAUGAUGUUGAUACUGGCACCAAUUCUGAAAUUGUAUACUCAAUUGUACAAUCGUUUCCAUUUGAUGGUGUUUUCCUGAUAAACUCCUCCACAGGUGUUGUAAUUACCAAUGUAACAAUAAACAGAGACAUCAAUCAGGAAUAUAUAAUAGAAGUCGAAGCAGAGGACAAAGGAUUGCCAUCCCUUGCUUCAAAAGUCAAUAUAACAAUUCAAGUGAUAGAUUCAAACACACAUGCUCCUGUAGUUCAUAAUCUACCGUCAUUUAUCAAUGUGAGUGAGGCCAUUACACAAGGAAUUGAAAUAUUUAAAGUAAAUGCAAGUGAUAAAGAUUUGGGCAACAAUGCAAAAUUGCAUUUUUACAUUAUAUCAGGUGCUGACGAAAAAUUCUUAAUCGAUGUCAAUAGUGGUAUUAUAAAGACGUCUUCCAUUCCAACAGAUUGUGAAGUAAAAUGCCAAUACAAUCUUACUAUUGAAGUCGUUGAUGGUGGAAAUCCUUCAUUAAAGGCAUCAUCAAUCCUCACUAUUCAUAUCACUGAUAUCAACGAUAAUACUCCAUUUUUUAUACCUAAUCCAAAUCUUUUUCCACAAUCAUAUAUUGCGUCAAUAAAAGAAGGUUCUAAGAAUUUGACACAAGUUAUACAUGUGCAUGCAGAAGAUCGAGACAAGGAAGCCCAUGCUUUGAUAUCGUAUUCUAUUGCAGAAGAUACAGGAGAGUACUUUUCAAUCAACUCCAGUAAUGGUGUUGUACUUUUGAAAAGAAAUAUUGACAGAGAGGCUCGUAACAUUGAACGAAAUUUAAACGGAUUUGGGGUUGUGUAUUUGGUUGUCACUGCGACUGAUUUUAGCCCACCAUUUCUCAACACGAGUGUAAAGGUAACUGUCUUGAUUGGUGACGUGAAUGACAAUGCACCUGUGUUUACAAAACCACUCUAUACUGUCACAGUGACAGAAGGUGCAAGUAUCGGUACUGAUGUGGCUACUGUACAAGCACUCGAUGUUGACCUUGGAUUUAAUGCUCAAGUAUCAUAUUUUAUUGUUAAAGGAAAUAUUGAUGGCAGCUUUCAAAUAGACAGAACAUCUGGCAAAAUCUCAGUAGCAAAGCAACUUAAUAAAGAAACAGUACCAGUUUGGAAUCUGACCAUAAUGGCGCAAGAUAGUGCGUCUCUUAUUGGGGAAAAACCUUUAAACUCCACUGCCAUAGUGUUAGUAUUGGUCAGUGAUAUAAAUGAUAACGAUCCAGUUUUUGAUGAAAAUUUUUACACUGCAAUUGUUGUGGAAAACGUUGACAUCGGAACUUUUGUGAAAAACGUUACUGCCACAGAUGCUGACAGUGGAGAUAAUGGUCGUGUAUGGUAUGAAAUUAUUAGUGGAAAUAUUAACAACACUUUCAAGAUAGAUAAUGUUACUGGUGAAAUAUUUACACAAGCCAGUAUCAAUUAUGAAGCAAUGUCGACAUUUUCUUUGGUAAUCAAAGCGGAAGAUUUCGGAAACCAAGCACCAAGACGGGCCAAUGUGGAGUUAGUUAUAACCAUCACUGACAUUAACGAUAACAAACCAAUGUUUCCAUUUUCUCAAUAUAUUGGAACAAUGGCUGAAAACCAACCAAUCAAGACAAAAAUACGUUUUCCUAGACCAAUCACUGCUACUGAUGCAGACAAGAUUGACCAACCAUUACUCAAAUACAAAUUAACUGGUCCGGAUAGCAUGUAUUUCAACAUAAGUGCAUAUACUGCUGAUAUAACAUCUAAUAUUAUUUUUGAUCGAGAGUUAAAGGAUGUUUAUAAUUUUACUAUCUAUGUUGAAGACACUGGUGGUUUCUCAUCUCAAGCUAACAUUACUGUCCUUAUACAAGAUGAAAACGAUAACACUCCUCAGUUUAAUGUGUCAUCAAUCAGUAUUAAAGUGUAUGAGAACAUUGCUGUUCACACAACAAUAUACACUGUGAAAGCAACUGAUGUGGAUGAAAAACAAAAUGGAGAUGUUGUGUAUUUUAUGCAAGGAGGGUUAGGCGAUUUUGAGAUUGACCAAAAAACAGGUGUUAUUAGAUCGAUAGCAUUGCUGGACCGAGAAAUGAAAUCCUCAUAUGUUUUAAUAGUAGUAGCUAGAGAUAAGGGAACUCCACAGAAACAAGCAAAUUUUUCCAUCACCGUCUUAGUUUCUGAUACGUUCGACAGCAGACCUUUUUUCAAGCCGACAGAGGUGUCAAUAAAUGUGAUGGAAAAUACAACAGUCGGCGACGUCGUGUUUGUUGCAUCUGCUCGUGAUAACGACCUUGAUGAUGUUUUAGCAUACAGCGUCACAUCGGAAACAAAUUCUUUUCGUAUAAACUCAACAACGGGUAAAAUUUUCUUAUUGAAGAUGUUAGACCGAGAAAGAAAGUCACUGCACACUGUAACAAUCCAGGCUACUGAUUCAGUUGGUUUUAAAAGUGCUUCUGCUGGUCUAACACUCACUAUAAACAUUCUUGACGUUAACGAUAACAAACCGAAUUUUACAAUUUCAAAGUGUGGUAGUGAUGUUAAUGAAAACGCUCAAAAUGAUACAAUCCUAUUGACUGUUUCGGCAACUGAUAUUGACAUUGGCUUAAACGCAGAAAUUACCUACACUUUGAGUUCAAAUGUUGUCUCUCUGCUGUCAAUAGAUCCUACAAUAGGGCUCAUCAAAAAGAUUGGUAACUUCCAACCAUAUGUUUCAUCAUUCAUUAACUUCACUGUGUUUGCACAAGACAAAGGCGAUACACCGCAAGUGUCUCGGUUGGAUUGCAGCUUAAAUAUUAUCGAUGUCAAUAACAACAGUCCACAAUUUAACCGCUCCAACUAUGAAGUUCGUGUCAUGGAAGAUGCAUCUAUUGGUACUGUUGUGGCUACGUUUACGGCAUCCGAAAAAGAUCAAGGUGACAAUGCGUUAAUCACAUAUAGUUUUGUCGACAGCAAUCGCUUCUUUGGUGUCAAUGCAACAACUGGUGCGAUCAGAAUUAUUCGGAAAUUAGAUCGUGAGGAACAGCAUGUUAUUUUCGUAAAGUUGAUGGCACAAGAUAACGGCGUGCCUCCUCUCCAGGGUGUCACAUCUAUUACAUUUUACAUCACAGACAUAAAUGAUGAAACACCCACAUUUACUCACAGUGUGUACCAAUUUUACGUGGACGAAAAUGCUAUUGUCGGGACACAAAUCGGUGGAGUUUCUGCUUUGGACGAAGAUGUUGGUCAAAAUGCUGUGGUUCAGUACGCUUUAAAUUCAAACACUUUCCAAGGUCAGUUUGCUAUUAACCGUACAACAGGAGUUCUUUACACAAUCAGUGAUCUUGAUAGGGAGACGAAACAUCAAUUCAUUUUUGACGUUAAGGCAUAUGACCUUGGACAUCCAUCUCUUUCAUCCACAGUCAAUGUGACAGUCAGCAUCAAUGAUGUGAAUGACAACUAUCCACAGUUCAACCAAACAGAAUAUUCUGUGAACAUUUAUGAAGACACGUUUGGUGGAAGCACUGUGUUUGUUGCGUCUGCAUCUGAUGCGGACAUUGGCGAGAACGGCAAUGUGAAGUACAGAAUUACUGGUGGGAACAUAGAACAACAUUUUUCUAUUAGAGAGAAUAGUGGAGCAUUGGUUGUAAUUAGAGAGCUCGAUAUAGAGAAACGAGUUGAGUACAAUCUGACUGUGCAAGCUUUCGACGGUGGCAAUCCAUUGCUAUCCAAUGAAACAAUUGUGACCAUUACUUUGAAAGAUGUGAACGACAAUAAGCCUAUAUUUCCGACAACAUCAUACACUUUCACAGUGUACGAAAACGUGCCUGUCAACUCCAUCGUUGGUGACGUCACUGCGACAGAUAAUGACGUGUCAUCAUUGUUUCACUUCAUACAUUAUCGUGUCGAUAAGAACGACGCGUUUACUAUCAAUUCAAACAAUGGUUCGUUGUUAGUGGGCAAACCUUUAGAUCGUGAGUCGACGGAUAACUAUGUCUUAACAGUGACAGCAUAUAAUCUGGAGAAUGGCGUGGAAAGUUUGAAUAGCAAAGUUGAUGUGACAGUCAAAGUUUUAGACGUGAAUGAUAAUCCACCUGUGUUUCCACCAUCAUGUUGUCAUGUCAAUAUAUCAGAAGGUUUACAACCAAAUAAGUUAGUCUUCAAAUUUGAAGCAAUAGACAAAGAUAUUGGAAGCAAUAGUUUGAUCACUUACAAACUUCUGAAUGAAAGAGAUUUGUUUAUUUUGUCCGCAACAUCUGGCGAGUUGAAGUUAAAAACUCCGCUAAACAGAGAACUAAGAACCAAUCACAUGGUAUAUGUUACGGCAACUGAUCAUGGAAAUCCAUCACUGUCAGCAAAUGUGACAUUGUUGGUGUAUGUUGACGACGUUAACGACGAAGCUCCUGUAUUUUUAAAUAUGACUGUCGAAGAACCAAGAGAGGACUCUCCCAUCGGUACAUAUAUUGCUACAUUUACUGCUAAUGAUGAAGACCUGGGGUCCAACCAGCGGAUUUCGUACUCCAUCAUUGCUGGUAACGAAAAUGGAGAUUUAAUUUUGAAUUCCACCACUGGAGUAUUGAGAACAGCCAAGUUGCUGGAUUAUGAAACCAAACCUUUUUACAAGUUGCAAGUUAAAGCGAUCGACCAUGGUGUUCCCCCGUUGUCUGUUGAUCAAUCAUUUGAAAUACCAGUUGGUAACAUCAACGAUAACGUUCCCAGUUUUGGAAGUGUUGUACCAUCAGGUAAUGUACGCGAAAACAGUCCGAUUGGAACACUUGUUACAACCAUUCAUGCUAUUGAUGCAGAUGGAGAUGCUAUUUACUAUUAUAUCAAAAGUGGAAACGAAGAUGGCUCAUUUAAACUGUCCAGUACAACUGGUGUUUUAAAAACAGCAAAAAUAUUGGAUCAUGAAGUAAAAAGUCAGUAUAGUCUACUCAUUGAAGCAAGUGACGUGGUAACUUCGCAGAACAGAAAAAGAAAGGACGUUCGCCAAAAAGCAUCGUCCAGCGUCCAUCUUGUAAUCACUAUUGAAGAUGAAAAUGAUAACCCGCCACGGUUUUUAAAAAACUUGUUUAGUGGGGGUGUCUCCGAGUCUGCAACAUAUGGAACAUCCAUUUUGCAACUCCAGGCCUCUGACAAAGACACUAGUGAUAAGAGCGGCUUACGUUAUGAAGUCAUUGGUGGUAGUUCCGUGUUUGAGGUUCAUCCAAUCACUGGUUGGAUAAGAUCGAAAGCAUUGUUUGCUGGUCUCACUGGAAAGAUGUACAAGCUCAACGUCAUUGUGAAGGACAACAAUGGGCAAGCGAAUUCUUUCACCGAUACUGCCGUUACUAAGAUAUAUGUUUUGACAGAUAUGCAAAGAAUUGUGUUGACAAUGAAAACUAAACCAGCGUUAGCGAAACAACAUCAACAAGAGUUUAUCGAUAUAUUGGAAAAUGUCACUCGUUACACAAUCAAUAUUGACGAAAUCCAAUACGCCACUAAAUCAGAAGGCGCGUAUGAUUUCACCAGGACAACCUUGCUUUUUCAUGCCGUUGAUCCAACGACGAAUGACAUUUUAGACAGAGAUGUGGUUAUAAAGAAAAUUAACGAUAAUUACGCGUUGUUGGAAGCUUUUUUCGACAAAUGGAAUGUCACGAAAUACGAGGGUAAAGUUAGUGCUGUGACUGACACUAAAGAUGAUGGUGAUGACACACCUCUGAAAAUAGUUAUAGCUGUGAUUGCGUUUAUUGUUCUGCUUUUUCUCAUCUUUGUUUUGCUUGUUUGUAAGUGGCGGAAGAGACAGAACAGAAAACUUAAGGCCGUUACAACUUCUGCGAAGAAGAGUGAUGCAGAACUAAUGACGAUUAUGUCACCAUCAAUGCACACACAGAUACCUGGUCUUCCAGAUACUUUCACGUACGACACCGAACCCACAAUGGUGAAAGUGGACACGUAUGCUAUACCGGAAGAUUUCAAUGACGGAGCACGGAAGUCUUUAGCGAAUGCUAAAUUUUCGACUUUCUAUGGAGGUAAUACAUUAGAGCCGAAGGACCAAAAUGGCGGAAGCUUGUAUCUUGAUCAUUUUGACGACGAAGAAGAUUUAAAAAAGACCAACACCUUAACUGUACUUGAUGUGAUUGCUACACAAGAAUAUGAAAGUCAAAAAGUAGUGGGUCUUGAUAACAAAGGCGUUGACGAAGAUGACUAUUUUACGGAAUCGGAAGAUGGACAGUCUCAAACUACUGAGUCGACGGCUGACUUUGACCAUGUUGUUCCGCAAAGUACCACACGACGCAACAAUAACAAUAAUAAUAACAGAAAUGACGCCGCUGUUAAUAGUUUCGGUACCGUUCGUAAAAACGGGAUGCUGGUGACAUCAAUGUAGCUGCAAAAUUAAGGAACAUUUUAUGACAAGCUCUGUAGCCUUUUUGUUAUUGUAAUAACAUAUACAAUGUUAAAUAUUUGUAAUUACAAUUAUUAUUUAAUUUUUACUUUAUUUCCGACGAAUUACACACAGAGUGUCGUUUUAUAUGGUGAACAGCAACUUUGUCUCGCAAGCUUUUUGUUUUUUUUUGGUCAUCGUAUUAACUAGUUAGUAAGCAAUUAUUUGCGCUAGUAAGUGUCCAAUUAUAAUUCAAAAAUAGUGUGUUAACUGUUUUCUUUUCUACGUUCAACCAAGUAUAAAAAAGUAAAACAAUCAACUUCAUUCCCGAGUUGUAUUUUGUCUUUGUUUGGCGAGCUAAAAUUUGUAACUGGUUGUAACUGGUUAUAACAUGUUUUAAUUGGUUAUAACAGGUUGUAACUGGUUAUAACAUGUUGUAAUUGGUUAAGACAGGUUGUAAUUGGUUAUAACAGGUUGUAACUGGUUAUAACAUGUUGUAACUGGUUAUAACAGGUUGUAACUGGUUAUAACAGGUUGUAACUGGUUACAACAGGUUGUGACUAGCUGUAACAUGUUUAUUAUUUAUUAUUCUUAUUAUAGCACUGUAUGAUAUUAAGUUAUUGUAUAUACAAAAUUUAUUUCGUA